AUGGUGCCAAGUGUGCCCGUGGAAGGGCAGGGCAAUCACACAUCUGGUUUCAUGUUUGUUCUCCUGGGAAUCUCAGAUGACAGAAACCUGCAGCUUAUUCUCUUUCCAGUCUUCUUAGGGACAUAUCUUGUGACCCUCAUUUCAAACCUGACUCUUAUUACCCUCAUCAGGAUGGACUCCCACUUGCAUACACCUAUGUAUUUUUUUCUGAGUGUCCUUUCAUUUAUAGAUGUUUGUUAUUCCACUUCCAUCAAUCCCAGGAUGCUUUCAGAUUUCUUGAGCGAUCAAAAAACAAUUUCCCCAAUGGCCUGUGCGACCCAGUAUUUUGUGGCAUCCUGGAUGGGUCAGGCUGAGGGUUGCCUCUUGGCUGCCAUGGCCUAUGACAGAUACGUGGCCAUUGGUAACCCCCUGCAGUACUCAACCAUCAUGGCGCCUGGGCUCUGUAGGAUGAUGGCUGCUGGGGCUCUUGGAGCUGGUUUCCUCUGUGGCUUAGUUGAGACAAUUCCUGCCUUUAAUCUGUACUACUGUGGGCCCAACUUCAUUCAACAUUUCUUUUGUAAUGUUCCUGAGAUUGUUGUCUUAGCUUGCUCCAGUCCCUUCAUCAGCCAAAUGAUUCUUUUUUUUGUAGCAACAUUUGUUGGGUUUGGUUCUUUACUAAUCAUUCUGCUAUCCUACAGUUACAUUGCAGCUUCCAUCCUGAAAAUAUCCUCCGUCAAAGGUAGUCUCAAGGCCUUCAACACCUGUGCCUCCCACCUGGCAGUUGUCACCCUCUUCUAUGGCACAGCCCUGGCUGUGUAUGGGAAUCCUACUUCUAGCCACUCUGAUAAGCAGAACAAGAUACUGUCAGUGUUCUACGUUCUUAUUAUCCCCAUGUUGAACCCUCUGAUCUAUAGUUUAAGGAACAAGGAUAUCAAGGCUGCAUUAAAGAGGGGGAUAAAAAAGUCAAGACAUUAA